ACGAUCUACACUGGUCGCAAAGGCAGAAUCAAUCGUGUCCAUCAUGAUAAACGUUAAGGAUUUAAAAUCUUAAUAUGUAGAAAUUAUUUCGUAAAAUAUUUCUUAAACUUGUCAUGGUCACAUGAUAAGGAAGUGAAAUGAAAAUUGACAUCAUUAUCACCAACAUAGAGGGCAAACAUCAAAUACGGAAAACUGCACAAGACUGUAAAUAGGAAAUUCUCUUCUGUUCAAACAUGGCUGUCCCAGGGAAAAGGAUGCCCAAAACAUUUUCAUCAUCGUCAACUUUGGGCUCUGAUGAAACCCUUCAAGUGUUCUGUCAGCCUUGUGACCGUGACGGUCCUCAGCUCCCUGCCCAUGGUUAUUGUGUUGACUGCAAGAAGCACUUGUGUGGCACUUGUUUAGCGGCUCACAAGAGACAAACUCUUUCAAGGCAUCAUACCCUUCUAGAUAAAACCAGCAUGCCACAAACCGUUUCUUCACUCUCUGUUCAUCCAACGCAGCCUGACAACCUUAAAAAUCCUUGCCAUAAACACAUGAAAGAAAUGAUCAAAUUCUACUGUCCGAACCACAAAGCACUACUCUGCAGUGUAUGUGUUACACUUGAACACACAGGUACAUCUUGCAAAGUCAACUACAUCCCCGGUAUUUCUGACCAGGUCUUAAACAGCAAAGAAAUUCGAGACAUCUUGGAAGCUAUGGAUACCAUUACUGAGCAAUGUCGCAAGAAAUCAGAAGAGUUAAAGAAAAUUACCGCGAAGUCCAACAGUUCUGUGACAGAUGUAUUGGCUGAUAUAAAGAAGUUUAGGAAAAAAAUAAACCAAAGACUAGAUGAACUGGAAAAGCAAGCUGAAGAUGCAGCAAAGACCAUCCGACAAGAAAAUAACAAGAACCUGAAGACAGCAGAAACAACUUGUGAUGAUGUAACCAAGUCUCUGAAGACAUCAUCUGACACCAUUAAACAUCUCAACACAACCAAACAAGCAGACAAACUUUUCAUGGAGCAGAAAUUAGCUACACAAAUGAUCGAGAUUUAGAGAAAUGUGUCCACCAGCUAGUAGCAUAUGAUGUCAAAGAGUACAACUUUAAACCAAAUAAAGCAAUAUCAACCCUACUUGACAAGGAGAGGUCACUAGGUACAUUCGCAGAGAAAUCAUUAAAACAACCAAAUCCUCCUCCAGCUGUUGAUAUAAAAUCCAGACAAACUUCACAUCAGGGUAAAAUCUGUGUAAAGACAUCAAGAGAUAAAGGUACGUGCUUUAUAACAGGAAUGCUUCUCCUUACUCCUGAUCUUCUAAUCAUCACCGACUGUAAUAACUAUGCUGUAAAAAUGGUGGACACCUGCAGUCAAUCUGUUACUCAUCAGUUACAACUAGAUACUAGGUCAAAUGAUGUCACCUCAGUUACCAGUAAACAACUUGCUGUCACACUUCCUCACAAACAAACUAUUCAGUUUAUGUCAGUCUCCUCAAACAAACUCAAGAAGAAACAAACUCUGAAGGUUGAUGGUGAAUGCUAUGGUAUAAGUUGCUGUCAGGGGAGACUUGUUGUGUCAUUCUAUGUUCCUGCAAAACUACAUAUUUUGGAUAUCAAUGGUACUAUACUGACAACAGUCAGAGGAGAAAACAUUUUUAGCAAUCCGAUAUAUGUUACUACUAACACCAAUUCUAUCUAUGUAUCUGACUGUGGAUUGAAAACAAUUACAAGGUUAAACUGGCAGGGUGAGGUGACUGGUGGUUAUGGUGGUGUAACUAAGCCUAAUGGUAUAACACUGUCAGAUGAUGGUACUGUUUUUGUGUGUGACUGGAUGAGAGAUGUUAUAGAAGAGAUAGCUGGUGACUGUUCUACAGGAAAGGUUAUAUUGGAGGACCUAAAUGAUCCCUAUGCUGUCUGUUGGUGUGCUGACACAAGUAAACUGUACUUCAGCUGUCAUAUUGGACAAGACAAACAUGACAAUUUUCUUCAGGUCUUCAAGUUGUCAUAACUAGAACAAAACUCAUCAACAGUUUAACCAGUGUAUCAGUCAUCAUUGUAUCAGUGUAUGAUUCAUAAAAUCAUUCAUAAUCAUACGGGAACUGCUACUGGGCUGAAUUAAAACGCCAUAAUCGGAAAAAAGAAAGAACAUAUUUGCCAUUUGUCUGCAUCAAAGUCAAAUGAAAAAAUAAUUAAUCAUUGUCUAUUGUUUAAUUUCUUAAUGGGCAUACUCUCCUAUGUUAUAAUUAAACUGAUGUUAUGUGCUGUUAAAUUUGAUAAUACCUAUGGAUUUUGGAUUCCCAUACAAACCAUCAUCCGUACAGAUAUUAAAUAGUUCACUAUUAUGUGGAAUCCCUCUAAUUGGAGAUUUUGAAAACAAGUAUUGAUUUUCUACUUACAUUGAUUUUAAAGCAGUGCUAAAAGAAGUUGAUGAUGAAGUAUCUUUUACUUUUAGUACGUGACAAAUUCAUCCUUAAGAAACUCGACUUUGUGUUUUCUUUAGAUUAAUCGUACUAAUUCAGUAGAGACUUGAUACUUGACGUAAAGAAUGUUUAAAUUAAAAUUAAGUUAAAACUGCAAACUAUUGGUACGUAGAUAAAAAUGAUAUGUAAGAUGAUGUAGGAGAAAAGUUUUCAUUAUAUUUGCCUUACAUGCAAAGAUUCCAAAUGCCAACGAAAUAAAAUAGGAAAGUCU